CAAAACGAGCACAUGUUGUCGUACUGGGCGUCUUACACUCACCAAGGGUACGGAUACAUUCUGUUCACGCCGGCUCCCGAGUUCAGCCUCAAGUCGCUCCUCACCACCAUGCCCAGCUGUUUGAAGAAGCUGGACAAGAAAACGCGUCGACAGGCAGUCAUGAACUGGAUAUACUGUCUGACCGACACGGUUUACUCGUUCCACAACCAGGGCCGUGCGCACGUGAACAUCAGACCAUCGACUGUGCACUUCUCGAAGAGCAACUUCGUCUUUCUCUCCGGGUUUACGCAAUUCCACCUCAAUGUCCUGAGCGGCACCACGGAGAGCACGACAUUCGACAGAGAGGCGUACGACUACAGUGCCCCGGAGAAGGUGCCGACCCCCACACCCUCAUCGCCGGGCCCGUCUCAUCGGUCGGCAGACGACGGCAGCCACCGGGCGACCGAUUUCAAUCCCCAGGCCGCCGACAUUUUCUCGCUGGGCUGUGUAAUCCUCGAGCUUCUUAGCUUCUUAUUCAAGAAGCAAGGACGGCCGUUCGCUGCACACCGGGCUGCGAAGCACAGUGCCGCGGGCCGUGGUAGCCCCUUCCCAGACUCCUCCUUCCACGACAAUGUCGACCAGAUUGAGAGUUGGAUGGUACAAUUGGCCGAUGAUGCCUCGAAAAAGGACGACCCGGUGUUCAAAGGCGUUAUGCCAAUCCUCGAAGUGGUCGUGGGGAUGCUUUCAUACGACCCUUCAGACCGCCUGACCGCCAACCAAGUCCGGGAAAAGAUCCGUCAAAUCCUUGCCUGGGACUGUGGCAUUCCGGAGCCGCACUGCCUGCGUCUGGGCGGCGGCUGGGGCUUUGGUGUGGAAAACAGACUGAGCUCAGGUUCGAUCCCGAGCGUUAGUAGCUCUGGCAGCAGGCGUAUCUCGACACAGCGGGGAGGCGAGUCACAAUAUGACGACGCCAAGCGGAGCAGUGCGGGAAGCGGUGGCAGCGUCAGUGCCCGGAGCUUCACCGGUUCCCUUCGGGGUGGGGCGGGGGAAGCAGCAGCUUCCAGGGCCAGGAAUGGAUCUUGGAGUAGUCACAGCAGCGCACAACACGCCGUCAAACAGCAGAAGUCGCUCCUCAUCGAGGGUGUUUCGUUCCUUCGUGAAUUCGGAUGAAGGGAGCACAAGCACACGGCCUCCGCCGAUGGCUGACUGUGUCAUGGUGGGGCAUUUGUAAAGGAGAUAGCCGAGCGGCGAGGGGUUGGAAGUACAUAGCUUCAAUUAGAUUGACUCAGUUGUCGUCGAGCUUGGGUAUCAGCGUUUUGGCGAUGAGGACGUGAUGUUGUUGUCGGGGUGAUGCCGCGGGUUAGGGUUGUUGACCCUGCAAGACAAAGCCCCGCCUAGACGACGUCAUCGCGAGGAGACGGGAACACACCGGAUUUAGAUAGGAACCCAGAAGGUGUCGAGUCGGCCCGGAGUGCCGUUUCAAGACAAGACAGG